GGGAGGUAUCUGUUUUCAGUCUGUUUUUUGUAAAUUCGGAGCUCAAAAAUAGCCAGGAGUCAAUGGGUUAAAUCCUUUUGAUAUACGCAUAUAUCUAUCUGGGAAAACGGCGAGAUAAGUAAGAAAUAAAGGUCUAAGAAAUACUGCUAAUCAUUAGAAUUUAUUAUUUGAAAAAAAAAAAUUAAAUAAAAAGCUAAUUCCAUGAUUUGUCCAUAUUCUCAUUCUGGUAGAAAAUAUAAGAUUUAUAAUAUUUCUAAUUCUAAACACAGUUAAAGGAUUUGUUUUCGAUUAAAAAAAUUCUUAACCGUUUAUUCUAGCUUCGCACUUAUGAAAAUUUAAUCAAUUUCAGCGCCUAGAAACAACGGAUCAACAAAUGUUUUGAUUCCAUUCACAAUUCGUUUUUAUCACGUCGAGAUGUUUGAUCGUGCCUAUCUAUUAAUCGAACGGAGAAUGAAAACAGCAAAAUAAGGGAAACUACCUCGAACCUUUUGAGCGGAUUUGAAUGAUGUCAGAAAUGGGACGAUCCUGCCAUACAGCGGUCAGUGUUGCGAAAAUCUUUGUUGCGAAAAUCCUCGAGAGUGCGAGCCAAACCUCUAAGUAGUUUAGACACUUUCAGCAUUGGAAAAAAUCUAUUCUCUUCAUCAUAUGAGAAGUGUAUGUCUGUCUAGGAAAACGGCGAGAUGAGUGACACAUAAAAGUUAGAGCAUGAGUCACGUAAGAAAAAUACUGAGACAUUUCAGCGAGAGGCGACCGAGACGACCAGCACGGACCCGAACACUAUCAUGGCUUCCCGAGGAGCUCUCGAGUGACGCCGACUACCUCUCAACCAUACCCGAAACAGAGUUCGGUAGAGCUACUGGAAGUUUAAGCGCUAGUGGUUUUUCUUUAUUGAACGGUCGCGCCCCUAUCACUCAAGAUGAAGAAAUGGGGAGAGUUAUACGAGACGUGUUGAGCUCAUAUUUAAAGCAAUUUACCGAAUACAAACACGAAAUGUUCGAACGACUGUGUACGUUACUGAGUGACCUGAUUAAGACUUGCGUGACAGAGUUGUGUGACGAGCCGUGUAAAGUGAUCGUGAAUGUGUUUAUUGGUGCAAUCAAGGGCCAGGGAAUUGACGCCGCCACUCAGUGCACGUGGACGCCUGACUGCGAUAAAUUCGCGACCGCGAGUUUCCAGAACGAGACGCUGUUUGCUGUUGGUGUUGUGUUCACUGUUCGGCCUCCAGUCAAUACGAGAGAUAGAAAGUGUUCUGUUUAAAGACUUCAAUCACUUCAAUCACUGUUGAAUUCAGUCCACCCUACAGCAAAACCGCCUGGAACCUGCCUCGUACCCAGGCCCUUACUAGCGUGACCGGACUAAGCGCGCAGCGCCAGCGUUAAACCUUCCCAUGGCUCAUUGCGCUCAAAUGUUUUUACUGACUUGAGUCGCCUAGGUACGAGGCAGGCCUGGGACCAUUGCCAAAUCAUAUCAAUAAUGUAUGGAUAUUUUCCAAAUAAUAACAUGUUUCAAUAUGUUUUAGUUUUAUUCUUUUUUCAAUUUCUUUUUCAUUUUUUAUUUUUAUUUUCUAAUUAAAAACUCUCACCAUUUUGACAA